AUUUUUAACUCGACGGAAGACUUUCAUGGACCACAUAAAAAUGACCCAAUCUUCUCAACUGGUCAAACAUCUUCUGACGAGUGUCGAUUCUUUGUCAAAGAUGAUACAGAACCAGAAGGGGACGAGAUUUAUGCUGUUCAUUUGGGUCUAAUACCAGGGAAUGCAGUCAUUGAUGUGGCGUAUAUAAAAAUAUUAGCGAAUGAUGAUGGUAAUGGCGUGGUGGGCUUUGGUGUGGUAAGUGUUGUGAAGGGCUCAUGCCUGACAGUAAUCAUUUUGUAGAUUUGAUAAUCUCAUGCUGAUGGUUUGCAAGUGAAAAAAAUGUAUCUAGUACUGCUUAGAAAAAUACUCAUUAAAUCGGAUCUAAUUACGCUCGUGUUCCAAUUGCGUUCCUCGGCUAACCUUUACAAAAUGGAUGAGUUCUGUAUGCCUGCCAAUUUAAGCAACCCACUGUACAGUACAAAAUGGUGAAUGUAACGUUAUUACGAGAUCAAAGUGCUUGCCGCCCACCCUCACGUCUUUACGCGUCUGUUGUAAUCUUUUGGGACCAUGCCUGGUUGUACGAAAACCCGACAGCACUGUCUACCGACUAUCAGAUUGUGAUUUUUUCGAGCUUUCUAACAUUAUUCGUUGAUGAUAAUUACAGGCACCCGAGAAGCCCUGGGAACGAGGAUGAUUAUAACCCAGAUUAAACCAAUCUCGCUUCCCGAGCCUGCGAUCGAUCCUCGGGAAGGAACGUGAGGCUCUGUGAUAAUCCGUUGCCGGAUGCCAGGAAUCCUGGCUAAGACCGAACUGCGCAUUCCAUAUCAACAGCCAAUCAGAUUCCUUCCUGAAACGGAUUAUCCUAGAGCCUCACGUUCCUUUCCGAGGAUCGCAGGCUCGGGGAACGAGAUCGAGAUUAAACUUAAUUAUUAUAUGGCAAGCAUCACUUUCGGUGAAAUGGCGGACUGUGAUUGGCUGAGAAUCACAUUCAGCGGUCCAUUAUUUCCCCGUAAUGGUCCGGCGGUCUAUUACGUAAAAACAAACGCAUGCAUGUUGAAACAAAACAGCAAAACUAAUUGAAAAUUUGAAAAUUAUAAUUUAAUUUGUUAUUAAUAAUAAGAUAUCUGCGAAUGGUUUUUAGAGUCCAUUGGUAUUUUUUUGUUUUCUUCCACCAAAUGUGUACCGCGCUACUAAUAUGCAUUUCUUUGUUUCGAGUACAGUAUAAAUGCCAUAUAAUAAAAUUUUAUUAACCUCGCUUGCUCGGUAUGUACAAAGAAAUAUUGGACCUCUGUCUUUUUGUACAAACCUCACCGUACGGGCUCGGUCUGUACUAAGAAGACCUUGCAUGGUCCGAUAUUUCUCUGUACAGACCUAGCGUUCGGUUAAUAAGAAGUUAGUAUUUAAAAAUUAAAGCUUAUUUUUAUUGUGUGUUUCAUAUCCGUAGUUUCAUAGCGUCUCAACCAAUUUUAUGACGAUUGAAAAAAAUCACUAUCCGGUGGAUAUUGCUAUUUAUGCCUUCGUAUAACCGGCCCCAGUGCACAUAUAGCCAUAGGUGAACGAAAUUGUCUGUGAUAUACGCCAGAAUAAAAUGCUUUUAUAUCUUUCUCAGCCAAAUGGCAUCAGUGUUCAAGAACCACGAACAGCAGGUGGUGUUGCAGAAAAACUACCAAUGAGAAGAAGUAUUGGUACAUUUGGAGCAAUCUCGGUGCAAUGGAGAGUAAGUGACAUCACAUUUUGGUCCCAGACUAUUACUUUAUUAUCAAUGCUGUAGUUUUUCUAUAAUAAAUUCUAGUAAUGGUAAUAGAACUUCAUAGAACUUUAUUCAGUUCCUGUGAGAAGGACAAUCGCGCGAUAUAUAGACCAAGUACAUAGCAGACUUACAUCAUUGCGGUAUAUACAGUAUAAUUUCCAGAAAUUAACAUAGAUUAAUUAAGACUAUACAUGUCCAUGACUAUGUCAUAGUCAUGGAAUAAAAAUUAUAGUGAUCUUGUAAUCAAUUAAAUACGUUUUAUUUUGUUGUAUAUAUAUAUUUUUUUGUAUAAUAAAAGGUCGCAUCUUCAGUUGCGAAUAAUGAUGUAACUCCAACGUUUGGUGUGGUGGAAUUUCAAACUGGUGAAAAUGUUAAAAAUCUGGAAUUUUUUGUUCGUCCUGAUCUGGUAAGUAUAAAACAUGAUAAAGUGAGGAUUGUGUGGUUGCACCCAGGGCCUUUCAGAGGGGGGAGCAAGAGAGCAGUUUGCCCCAGUUUAAGGGGCUCCCCAAAUUUGCAAAGUAAAAAAAAUAAUUUGGAACGUUUUCUGAUAUAAAUAAUGGUAUGAGAAAAAAAUUUUAAACCUAAAUUUUACAGAUAUUGGUUCAAAAAAGGGUUUUACCCAUGUUUUACCAGGGGUUUGUCCGGAAAACUUUUUUUUGAACCUUAUUUUAACUGAUGUUAGUAAAUUUUUAAAUCUUUUUUUAAUGUCCGGAAAAUUUUUUGCCCCCACCCCCCCCCCCUCCCCCUCCCCCGCUAGCCAACAUUUUUAGGUUUUUAAUUCUCAUAAGGAUAAGGGGAUUUGAAUUCACAUCUUUGAGACGAUUCUGCGCUCUACUUACAAAAUCAGAGCAAUGUACAACCUCGUAUAAAUAGUGGUUAGUCGUCGCGAAAAUAUUCCGUACACUAAAGCCCAGGUCACACUACACAACGAUAACGAUACGAUAACUUGUAUACGCGCGCUGAUUGGUCAAAAAUUUAUCGUUAUCGUUCGAUUGAAAAAAAAUCGCUCGGGUGAGCGAUUUUAAAAUCGUCAUCGUCAAACGAUAAUUUUAUCAUUUUCGUUGUUGUGUGGACACUAACACAAUUUUUUUGCCAAUUAUCGCGUGUUUACAAUUUAUUGUAUCGUUAUCGUUGUGUAGUGUGCCCGGGCCUUAAAGCCUGAGACACACCGGACGCGAUGUCGCGAUUCGACCGAUAACUUUGAUCCUGGUACGCUAUAACAUUUUGAGUUAUUUGGUCUAUAUAUAUAUAUCUUUUAAAAUUUCCUUUGAUUGGCUGUUUUAUUAACUUUCAACAACAGAAAAAUCACGCCGCGUUGUCGAAUCGCGUCCGGUGUAUCACGGCCUUUAAAAUGAAUAAAACUCGCCACCAAUCACUUUUGGCUCGGCAGCUCCAUAGGUAGAGCGGCAGACGCCGGAGUUCAAAUCACGCCCAAGUCAACUUGCAGUUGAUUUCAGUUGUGUUAGAAAUUUUACGAUGAACAACCAUUGAAGAUUUUAUCUUAACAUUUUCAGUUAAUUGAACAAGAUGAAAAUUUCGAAUUCGAGUUGACGUCUGUGUCUGGUGGUGCGCGACUAAACACGACACUUUCUAAAGUUCUAGUGAGAAUUUUGGCCAACGACAUCCCAGUACGAUUUGCCUUGAGUCACAUUAUUGUAUUGGAAAACCAGACCAAUGUCGCCGUGUGGAUAUAUAGAGGCCUGGAUACGAGUGGUACCAACAUAGUAGCAUCAAUAGAUCGUACCAGUAGCGCGGUGUGGUAUCUUCAAUCUGAUGGUGCUGUGGGGAACCAGGAUUUUCACCAAGCCAGUGGGACUAUGGUGUUUGGUAAUCGAGAAACACGAAAGAUGAUCAAUGUUACCAUCAUAGAUGAUAGCAGUCCCGAAAAAUCCGAGAAUUUUACAGUUCAUUUAACCAAUCUUAGUGCUGAUGUUACUCUGGUAUCACCAUCAGAAUGUACCAUUCAGAUCCUACAUAGUGAUGACCAUGUAGGUGUGUUUGGGUUAUCUGGGGAUGGUAACAUUACUGUAAAUGAAGACGGUGGUAGUAAUUUAGUUGAGAUCAAUAUCAACAGAACUGCUGGUGCUUUUGGUAUGGUGAAUCUGACUUGGAUGGUUACAUCAUCUCAAGGUGGUGAUCUGUCAAACCAAAUUUCACCCCUGCAUGGUGCUGUUACAUUUAGUGAUGGUGAGCGGCAAAAGAUGGUGAAUAUCAAUGUAACAGAUGAUAUGGUACCAGAAGAAGCGUUCUGGUUUGUGGUAGAGUUGACGUCGACCAAUGGUGGUAGGAUCACAAAUGAUCCAUCAAGGAGAUCACAGAAAGUUAUAAUCAGAGACAGUGAUGACGUUUAUGGAGUGUUUGAGUUGUCGAAUGGCACAUAUCAAAUAUUAAGUCUGGUACGUUACGGCUCCUUUGCGAUUAAACUAAACUAUGCAGUGUUGGUGAUACAGUGGUUGGUCACCUCUGUGACCCGAGUCCAUUUUCUCUAAAUUUCUCAAUAUGCAGGUAGUUUGAGAAAACGUUCACCUCAGUCGCAUGAUGUGAGAAGAAUGCUUCCAGUUUGAUCUUGGUCUCCAACGAAUACCGCAGGGAUUUUUAGGUCUUUCAGUUUCCUCGUGUAGUUACACUGAAUCGAACAUGCAAAGGCUAACUCUUACUGGACGUGUAGAGAGAAUAGCUAAGAAUAGAUAGAAGUGUCCAGUACAAGUAUAGAAUUAGUGUGGUUUAGAUUUCAUGAAUCCUGUAGUUACACUCGACAAAGGUGAUCAUUAUUGGACCUGAACAGAACUGUAUAUACUAGAUUAAUAGUUAAGUUUCCUUCUGUAGUUACAUUGGCCUAACAAUUGGAAUUGUCCUUACUUGACCUCUAGAGAGAACAGUUGAGAACUGAUAGAGCUAGCUAUCAGGUAUAAAUAAAGUUAAUUUAGUUAGGUUUCUUUCUGUAGUAAGACUGACCCAAUAAGUGAUUGUCCUUACCGGACAUCUAGAGAGAACAUUUUAUUGCGAUAUAUACACCCUGCUUUGCCUUAAGAGUAAUUUAAAAGCACUUUUUAUUUUAGACUAGCCGUCCUCGAAUGGUUAACUUUGCGAUCUCAAGAAGUGGUGGAAAUUUAGGCACAGUGUCUGUUGGUUAUCUGGUGACAUACCAUGCUGUUGAUGGUAGCGAGCAUACCACCAGUAUUGGUAUUCAGCGAUCUGGGACAAUUUUAUUCUCUUCUGGUCAAAGCAAUGCGGCAAUUAGUUUGAACAUCUCAAGGGAAGGAUUUAUUCGUGCAAAUUCAGUGUUCUGGAUUAGGUUGACCUCAGUGAAGCUUGUGCGGCCUGGUAAGUUCUGACUGCAUACUGUAUACUGUAGCACAAUCUAAUAUAGUUUGAACUUAACAUACUAAAUAAAACAGCUGAUAAUACUUUAUAAACUGUGUUCGGAUUUUGUCGUUACUAGUACCACCAAAAAACCAUGUCAAUUUUUCGAACGUUAGCUUUUUGUCUAAAAUUUUCUAGCUACUUCUGGAACGAAGAGCCUUCAAGCUUAUUGUAUUGACUGCAUUGCCUAUUACAUACAAAUGUGGCCAGCUUACGCCUGUUUACUCAAUGACAUACGCCAGAAAAUAAAAUCGUACACGAUUAAUCGCAGCGUAUAAACGUAGCUUUACACACCCACCACCCGUCAGCUACAACACACGCGAGCUCCUAGUCUCCUAUAUACCGUUCACAUACUCUAUGCCUUGGGCAAAAGAUCUCUCAGCUCCAAUCGUAAUUUCCGUUCGCCCUGUGCAUCCAGAACGCCGAGAAUAUAUUACUUAAUAACAUUUGUUGACUUACAGAGAACACACUAGUGCCACCGACUACGCCUCGGUUUGGGCCUCGCACAAGCGCAAACCUGACAGUUCAUCCACAAUAUGCUGAUGGUGAGAUAGGGUUUGAGGAGGUCAGUGUCACUGUCACAGAACCAGAAAAUGGUCGACCGAAGGAAAUUAAUCUGGCCGUGUUUCGUGAUGGGACUUUAUAUAGAGCUAGUUUAAUGUGGAGUAUUAUUGGUGUAAAGACAAGCCAGGAUUUAAACCCGACAAGUGGAAGCUUGGUUUUUGAAACAG